AGAGAGACUAACAGCACGAGUCCUGACAGGAGAGCACAGCGGAGGAUACAGAGAGGAGAUAACAGUCAUUUCAACUGGAAGAAAAAACAAAGACCUUCAUCGGGAUUGCAAUUUUGGACAGAAAGUCCAUCUCCAGUUAAAAAUAUCCCCACAAAAGAGAAGUGAAACCAGAAGUGAAGAUGAACAUUUUCGCCAUCAUCGCCGUACUUGCUGUAUACAGCUUUGAUUUGGCUUUUUCUCGAAGAUGGUCACCUAAACCCAGAGGCAAAAACAGGGAGAUGUGUCUAUCCGGGGAUGGCAGCAGUUACAGGGGAUUUGAAUAUAAGUCGGCAUUAGGCAGAAGAUGUCUCAACUGGAACAGGUUUACAACCCCUUCAGGAGCUUCAGAGGGACUCGGUGACCAUAAAUACUGCAGGAAUCCUAACCAGAGCUUGAUGCCAUGGUGCCAUGUCCGAAGAGGAAGCAGGAUUGCGAAAGAGUUUUGCAGCAUUACCAGAUGCUCUACACCAUCAGUGAAACCUUCACCGACUGUGGAUACAGAACUGACAUGUGGUGAGAGGACUGAGCGAAGGGCAAAUAGAAUUGUGGGUGGUUCAUUCACACCCAUAGAGUCCCACCCUUGGGUCGCUGCUAUCUUUCAUAAGCGUUCCCUUUUCCUCUGUGGCGGCUCCCUCAUCGCACCGUGCUGGGUUCUGACUGCCGCACACUGCUUCGCUGACGGAGAGGCGAUUAAAACCCGGCAUCUGUCUGUAUACCUGGGGAAGACUGCCAUUAAUGAAACAGAUGCUGACAGGCAGCAGAACUUCACUGUGGAAGAACUGAUCAUCCACCAAGAAUACAAUAAUUACAACUAUAACAAUGACAUAGCACUGUUGAAGAUCAAAAGCAGUAAUGGAGGAUGUGCGGUGAGGUCAGCAUCUGCACGCACGGUGUGUCUUCCUCCUGCUCACACUCAGCUUCCUGCAGGAUUUCAGUGCAGCAUCGCAGGAUUUGGGUUGGAGAAACAUUCUUCAUUUGGCAAACGUUACUCACAGUACCUGAAGGAGACCGAGGUGAAACUGCUGUCCAAGUCUGACUGCACAAGGAAAUCACAGUAUGACGAUCGUCUCACUGAGAACAUGAUCUGUGCUGCUAGCCCUGACUGGAGCACCGAUGCCUGCCAGGGUGACUCUGGUGGUCCGAUGGUGCGUGAAGCGGCAGGGCGGAUGUUCCUGUUUGGCGUGGUGAGCUGGGGAGAUGGCUGUGCCAAGAGGAACAAACCAGGAGUUUACACUCGAGUCACCAACUACAACAAGUGGAUCGCAGAAAAAACCGGGCUUCCAGAAAUCACCAAAGGAUCCGUCUAUCCCCAAAAAUGAAGCUGUGGCGACAGAUACCUUUUGGGCAAUUCAUCCCUGUAAUGAAACGUUGGCAGCAGUUCAUGUUAAAUUAAAAUAGUUUGCAAAGAGAUUUAUUGUAACAGGUUUAAAUGAAUGUUUUUUCAAAAUAUAUUUUUCUGUAUAUAGUGUAUCCUUUUUGUAAUGCUGCUUGUGCAUCAAGAUUGGAAGUACGGAUUUUUUAACAAGCUAUAAGAAAAUACGUUUAUUUAUUUAUGUAAUUUAAUUUAAAAAUCAUUUUAUAUAAAGGCUGGUCCUGCUAUUGAGUAUUUUCUUUAUA